GAAUAGCUAUUCAGAGUCAGAACCUUAUCACGUUUUGCAGUAUCUCCUGAGGAAGUCAGAGUCUGAGCCAGCAUGAAGACUGAAACUUGUCUUUGAUCUGAUUUGUAACUGUACUUUUAUUCUAACCAUGUACAAAGUGGAGGUUAUAGCAUGGAAACUAACAUCUUACUUCCUGCCUGACAUAACUUACUUCGAGAAGUGCACAAUGUCAGAACGCGGAAUUAAGUGGGCUUGCGAAUAUUGUACGUAUGAAAACUGGCCAUCAGCAAUCAAAUGUACUAUGUGUCGUGCCCAAAGGCCUAGUGGAACAAUUAUUACAGAAGAUCCAUUUAAAAGUGGUUCAAGUGAUGUUGGUAGAGAUUGGGAUCCUUCCAGCACUGAAGGAGGAAGUAGUCCUUUGAUAUGUCCAGAUUCUAGUGCAAGACCAAGGGUUAAGUCUUCAUACAGUAUGGAAAAUGCAAAUAAAUGGUCAUGCCACAUGUGCACAUAUUUGAACUGGCCAAGAGCAAUCAGAUGCACCCAGUGCUUAUCCCAGCGUAGGACCAGAAGUCCCACAGAAUCUCCUCAAUCCUCAGGAUCUGGCUCAAGACCAGUUGCUUUUUCUGUUGAUCCUUGUGAGGAAUACAAUGAUAGAAAUAAACUGAACACAAGGACCCAACAUUGGACUUGUUCUAUUUGCACAUAUGAAAACUGGGCCAAGGCUAAAAAAUGUGUGGUUUGUGAUCAUCCCAGACCUAAUAACAUUGAGGCAAUAGAGUUGGCAGAGACUGAAGAGGCUUCUUCAAUAAUAAAUGAGCAAGACAGAGCUCGAUGGAGGGGAAGCUGCAGUAGUGGUAAUAGCCAAAGAAGAUCACCACCUACUACAAAACGAGACUCUGAAGUGAAAAUGGAUUUUCAGAGGAUUGAGUUUGCUGGUGCUGUUGGAAGCAAGGAGGAACUUGAAGUGGACUUUAAAAAACUAAAGCAAAUUAAAAACAGGAUGAAAAAGACUGAUUGGCUAUUCCUCAGUGCUUGUGUGGGGGUAGUAGAAGGUGAUUUAGCUGCCAUAGAAGCAUACAAAUCAUCAGGAGGAGAUAUUGCACGUCAGCUCACUGCUGAUGAAGUACGUUUGCUGAACCGUCCUUCUGCCUUUGAUGUUGGCUAUACUCUGGUACACUUAGCUAUACGUUUUCAAAGACAGGAUAUGCUAGCCAUAUUGCUUACAGAGGUGUCUCAACAAGCAGCAAAAUGUAUUCCAGCAAUGGUGUGUCCCGAACUGACAGAACAAAUCCGGAGAGAAAUAGCUGCCUCUCUUCAUCAGAGAAAAGGGGAUUUUGCUUGCUAUUUUCUAACUGACCUUGUAACAUUUACUUUGCCAGCAGACAUUGAAGACUUGCCCCCAACAGUCCAAGAAAAAUUAUUUGAUGAGGUGCUUGAUAGAGAUGUUCAGAAAGAGUUAGAAGAAGAAUCGCCAAUUAUCAACUGGUCCUUAGAGUUGGCCACACGUUUGGACAGUCGCCUCUAUGCUCUUUGGAACCGGACUGCAGGAGACUGCUUACUUGACUCAGUACUACAAGCUACCUGGGGCAUUUAUGACAAGGACUCGGUGCUUCGGAAAGCUCUGCAUGACAGCCUGCAUGACUGUUCACAUUGGUUUUACACACGCUGGAAAGAUUGGGAAUCUUGGUAUUCUCAGAGCUUCGGUUUACAUUUUUCCUUGAGAGAAGAACAGUGGCAAGAAGACUGGGCAUUUAUACUCUCUCUUGCUAGUCAGCCUGGAGCAAGUUUGGAACAGACACACAUUUUUGUACUUGCACAUAUUCUUAGACGACCAAUUAUAGUUUAUGGAGUAAAGUAUUAUAAGAGUUUCCGGGGAGAAACUUUAGGAUAUACUCGGUUUCAAGGAGUUUAUCUACCUUUGUUGUGGGAACAGAGUUUUUGUUGGAAAAGUCCGAUUGCUCUUGGCUAUACAAGGGGCCACUUCUCUGCUUUGGUUGCCAUGGAAAAUGAUGGCUAUGGUAACCGAGGUGCUGGUGCUAACCUGAACACGGACGAUGAUGUUACUAUCACAUUUUUGCCUCUGGUUGACAGUGAAAGGAAACUGCUUCAUGUGCAUUUUCUAUCUGCUCAGGAGCUAGGUAAUGAGGAACAGCAAGAGAAACUGCUCAGGGAGUGGCUAGAUUGCUGCGUGACAGAAGGGGGAGUUCUAGUUGCCAUGCAGAAAAGUUCUCGGAGGCGUAAUCACCCCCUGGUCACACAGAUGGUAGAAAAAUGGCUUGACCGAUACCGACAAAUCCGGCCUUGCACAUCCCUGUCUGAUGGAGAGGAAGAUGAAGAUGAUGAAGAUGAAUGAAGAUCAGGAAGACCAAGGCAUCAGAGCUAUGAUGAUUUUCAAAGUUAGUGUGGUGCUCCAAGCAGAGUGUACAGUGUGAAAUGAAACAAAUCUGGUAGGAUAUGUCCAGAUACCUUUCUGAUCCACACCCAGUGGAGAUUAAUGCAUCUGCUGCAUGAGGAGACUGAGAACCUUGGUUGAACUACAGUUUGUAAAAAACAAAACAGAAACUAAUUUUAUUAAGACAACCCUUUUUCCUUUCAAAUUGUAAAUCUGUCUAUAAAUGUAACGCAUGUGGUUGUGUGAGAAAUUGUGUAAUAGGAAAAGUUGUACCAGCAUCUUCAUAUUACUGAGAAAUUUUUUUGCAGCACGGGCACUUACAAAAAGCACAUGGCAGACAGCCCUUACUACUUUGAGAUGUUCUCUGGAUUAGAACCUGGCAUUCUACUUUCACCUCAAAAGAUCAGUUAUACAUUAAAAGUCUCAGAUUUGGAAACUUUGUACAAAUUAUCCACAGUUAAACAUAAAAUAAACUUUUAUUUUAAUUUAGUUCCUGUUGUGCCCUGUAAAAUAAAAUCAAACCUUUUAGGAAGAAACUACAAGAAAAGUUAAUAGUUUUUUAUUGAGUAAACUUCACAUAGGCAUAUUAUUUGUCCUUUUUUAGUUUUCUGAUUUGCCCACUUUUGGUAUUUAGAUACUUAUUUAUUUGUUUGGAAAAAUGCCCUUAAAGGGAGGGUUCUUGUUCCAGACUCUGGACAGUAGUCAAUUGUAUGUAUUUAUUCCCUGGAUGGAAAGGGAACAGGCUCGCUUGUCACUGAAUGGAUUGUGUGAAAUGUUUACUUGGAGUCCAUCCAAAAUGUUGUACUCCCAAAUUGCCAGGCAGAGGGUGUUUGGAUUGCUCCUGUCUUUUAUCAUCACAGGACCUCUGCUCUAAGCAAAUGCUGUUAGAAGGGCAUGCCUUUGCUUGGGCUGAUUGGGAAUACCAGUUCAGUACAGAAUAAAGAUUUUAAAAAUGCAGUAAGAUGAUAAAAUGCAUUGUAUGAUGAAUUUCUAUGUAGUCCGAGAUUUUUUUUUUUUUUUUUUUUUGCAUGUUGGUGAAUUGUGGCCAUUCUUAUUAAAAGUUAAAAGCAUAAUCUUAGGUAGAAAAACUUUUUACGAAGAGUAUUAUUUGACUACUUCAGGUAUAUAUACAUUCAGUAGUAGGCAAAUUUCUGGUCUAUCUCAGGAACACAAGAUCAGUGUCCUGAUAAGCACUUUGUAGACUAUUGAAGUGGGAAUGAUCUUGCAAAGAAGCAAAUACUAUACAUUUCAAUUUGCUAAAAAGGCUGUGAAAACCUUUAAAUAUUUACUUUUUCUGUUUAGAUGGUUUCAAAAAGUAUGUAACCUCAAAUUUGAUGCUGGGAUACUAAAAAUAGAAAAAUAUCCAUGAGAUGUCAUGUCUUCAAGGUCUUUCUCCUUUUCUGAAUACUCAGUAAAAAGCAUCUCUAGGAUGAAAGGAUCAUUUUGGUGCAUGCUAAAACUUGCAGGAAAUAAGUUAUUUUUACAAUAUGAGUCCAUAUAAAUGAAUUUUGGUAUAUUGUAAUGGUAAAUGUUAUUCUAAGUGGUUUUUUUACAAAUUGUAUGGUUUGCAUUUAUUUUGGUCAAUGAAGUUUUUAUAAGGCCUCCAUCCUGACUGCUUAAUACAGCAUCUGUAGUAACCAUUCUCCUUGCAUAGGAAUAGUUCUUUAGGGGGCAGUGAUCCUUUUCCAGUUGUUAAGCAAAAUCUGCCCUCCCCAGUGAAGCCAAAGACAAAAGUUAGAGGAAGAAGUACUUGGUGUCUGGGGUCUACACUGUACUAAAACACUGUCCAGAGAAUCACAGGUUCAGUACUCAGCAUCAUCCUGUGUGUAGUACAGUGAGUGUCCUUUCCCCAGUUCCCUCUUUAUUUGUUUAUGAUCAGUGACUCUGACCACAUACCAUUUGAUGGAUACAGCAUUCUUCCCUGUGGGAAAGAAUUAAGAUGCUUCCAUUUCCUAGGCUCCAGACAGGAAUGGAGCUUUAAGUGGUUUUCAUAACAGACUGACUAGCUAUUAAAGGCCAGAACUUUUGGUAAAUCAGUGCUCUGUUAAGCUCUUGAACUAUUAAACAGCCAUAAUUACUGUCCCAAGAAAGAUUACAAAGUCCUUUUUCAAAGGUGUAUGUAGCUAGGUGACAGACAUGAAUGUCUUCAGGACAGUAACACAGGAAUUAUGUGGAUUGAUCUAUUUUUUUUUUUCCCUAGGGUGAAACCAGUGUGGUGGUUUCUGUUCUCAUUUCUUCUUGAAGUCAUCUAUAUACACACUUGUGUCCAAGGGACUGUGUCAGCAACUAAGAUCCAGUUAAAACCCAGGCACACUGUAGAUUUAGACUUACCGUUCUCUAUUUCUGAGUCUUAGUUAUCCUGUCUUAGAUUUAACCAACAAUGCAGACCUCCUUUUUAUGCUUAUUCAUUGUGGUUGAUAAGUGAUUAUAAGUGUAAUCACUAUCUGCUUCUUGGGCUGAUAGCCCAAUAACCCAACUUCCAUGUUUCUCCAUGUGGUUGUUUUAAUGUGACUUUUCAUGGCAGAGUUGGGAUGGGGUUACCAUUUGAAAAUGAGUCAGGACACAAGGCCAGGCAGCCUAAUGCUUUCUUUAAGACACUAUUUUUUUUUUUUCAAUGGGAAGGUAAGGAUAAAGAAAGGCUCAGAGAGAGUUUGACUCUUGAAAUUACCGGACUUUGUAAUACUAAUAUUAAAAAGCUCUGCUAUUUUAAAAGGAAGAUCCAUUAAGUGAAUCUAAACUUCUCAAUCAGAAAAACAACUAAUGUUAAUUAUUUUGCAACACUUUGUGUAAAUAUAAUUGUUAGGUUAUUGGCAAAAACAAAAAAAAAAGUUAAGGCCUACUUCCCUUCCUACAUUAAUGGUUGAGCCAGAUAACUUUGGAUGGGGUAAAUUAAAAUCAAAAUUCUAAAAGUUGA